AUGGCGGCCGUGAAGAUUAUUCCUAAGCAAAUGCUCAUUAAUAGCCGCAUGAGCCUCCGCGAUCUCAGUGCAAAGCAGGAUAAGCUUACGCUGGGCAUCGAGCGUGAGAUCGUGAUCAUGAAGCUCAUUGAGCACCCGAAUCUGCUGGGCCUCUGGGAUGUGUAUGAGACGAGUAAGGAGCUUUUCCUGGUCAUGGAGUAUGUGGCUGGUGGCGAGCUCUUUGACUUCUUGGUGGCCCGGGGCCGACUGCCUGCGGACGAGGCGCGCAUGUACUUCCGCCAGAUUAUCUUUGGUGUGGACUAUUGCCAUACAUUCAGCAUUUGUCACCGUGAUCUGAAGCCCGAGAACCUUCUCCUUGACGGCACUAGGACCACGGUCAAGAUUGCUGACUUUGGCAUGGCUGCUCUGCAAACAACUGAGAAGAUGUUGGAAACCAGCUGUGGCAGUCCCCACUAUGCAUCGCCUGAAAUUGUCAGUGGCCGGUCCUAUGACGGCACUGCUAGUGAUAUUUGGAGCUGUGGUAUCAUUCUUUUUGCCCUGCUCUGUGGUCGACUGCCCUUUGAUGAUCCUAACAUCCAGAUGCUGUUGGGGAAGGUACGCUCUGGAAAGUUUGCGAUGCCCAAUCAUCUGGAGCCCAGUGUCAGAGACCUCAUUUCACGCAUGCUACAGACAGAUCCACAAAAGCGUGCCACGAUGCGCGAGAUUUGCUCCCACCCUUGGUUCACAGACAAUGGUCGGCUGUCAUCAGAAAACCCUGUGUCGAGGGAAGUCAGCGCUCUUUCAAAUGAGCCUGUGAACCUAGCAGACAUUGACCCGGAUAUCCUCGGCAAUUUGAGCACUCUGUGGCCAGAGUUGUCACACGAACGAAUUAUCCGCCGCCUGCUAGAGCCGGGCCCGAACUGGCAAAAGACCUUUUAUUCAUUGCUUGUAAUCCAUCGUGAUACAUAUGGUACGGACGACGAAGACGAGGACUUGGAGGAGCUCGAUGAAGAUGACAACUUGGCAUUGGAGAAGAAGCGGGAAGAGGAACAGAAGCAUGCGACAUCACCUCCAGUGCCGACGCAGCUGCUGCCGGGGACACUAGCAACCGGUCAGGUCAAUACGAAGCCUGCUUCUCCCAAAGCCUUGCCGCCUAUUGUACCCGCAGCUAUGGGCUCGGCAAUGAUCAACAACAGUCUGGGUCUUGUGAUGGAUGCGCGUAAAACGAGUGGGUCAGCUGCCCGCGAUCUGCCGACUGACCGACAGCCUGGUCCUGUCUCAGCGUCUGUCGUUGACCCGGCCCGUGCUACGUCGGCGUCGGCGUCGGCGUCGCCACCUACAAUGCAUUCACCAGGAGCAAUAAAGACCCAGCCCAAUUCUUCUGCCGUUGUAUCCAUGGUCGAGCAAGCUCCCGCGCCUGCUCCGCCGACUCCGCCGAAAGACAGGUCGGUAUCGUCGGGCCAGGGGAAGACCGCAGCCGCAUGGUUAAUGGAGCAGACGAAGGUUGAACAGAUUCGUGCCGAACGGAUGCGCGCUGAAGUGGCCAAAGUCGAGCAGGCUCUAUCGGAUCAGAAGAAGCAAGAGCAGCUCAAGGCUGAGCAGACCAAGGCUGAACAAGCCAGGGCUGAGCAGGCCAGAGUUGAGCAGGCCAAAGCUGAACAAGCAAGGGUUGAGCAGGCCAAGGCUGAGCAAGCAAGGGUUGAGCAGGCCAAGGCCGAGCAAGCAAGGAUUGAGCAGGCCAAGGCCGAGCAAGCAAGGAUUGAGCAGGCCAAGGCCGAGCAAGCAAGGAUUGAGCAGGCCAAAGCUGAGCAAGCAAGGGUUGAGCAGGCUAAGGCCGAACAAGCAAGGAUUGAGCAGGCCAAGGCUGAACAGGCUAAGGCCGAGCAGGCCAAGGCCGAACAAGCGAGGAUUGAGCAGGCCAAGGCUGAACAGGCCAAGGCCGAGCAGGCCAAGGCCGAACAAGUGAGGAUUGAGCAGGCCAAGGCCGAACAGGCGAAGGUCGAGCAAAUGAAGGCCGAAAAGGCUCGAGCUGAGCAGGCUAGGGCUGAACAGGCUAGGAUUGAGCAGGCCAAGGCCGAACAAGCAAAGGUUGAGCAGGCCAAGGCCGAACAAAUGAAAGCCGAGCAUCCUCAAGCCACCCAGCACCAGGCUGAGCAGGCCAAGUCGGGAAGACGUUAA